AUGACUGAAGAACAAGAUAAAAUUAUCAAGGAAUCACCAAAAGUCGAAGAAUCUGAAGUUAAACCUGAAAUCUCAGAAGCUAAACCUGAAAAAUCAGAAGAAGAAAAAUCAGAAAUUCAAAAGGAAAUCGAUAGCAGAUCUGUUUAUGUAGGAAACGUUGAUUUCAAAUCAACCCCUGAACAUUUAGAGAAGUUCUUCAGUAGUGCUGGUACCAUUGAAAGAAUUACUAUCUUGUUCGAUAGAUUUACAGGUUUACCAAAAGGUUAUGCAUACAUUGAAUUUGAAACUAAAGAAUUUAGUGAAAAAGCCAUUGAAGAAUUAAAUGGUAAGGAAUUCAGAGGUAGAGAAUUGAAAGUUACUACCAAAAGAACCAAUGUUCCAAGAAUGUCUACCAGGGGUAGAGGCCGUGGUAGAGGUAGAGGUAGAGGUCGUGGUAGAGGUCGCGGUGGCUUCAGAGGUAGAGGUAAAGGUAAAUCAGAAGAAUUAGUUAAAUCUGAUUAA